AUAUGUUGGUUUGGUCCUGGUACCAUCAGUUCUCUUUAGUGUUUGCCAAUGUUGGAGGUGUAACUGGGGUCUGGCCCUGGACGAAGCGAUAGAGCAUGGCUCAAGUGAAAGUGCAGACACCAGCCCCCUUGUCUGGACCUGGCCUGACCGCCGUUGCGCCCGCUGUGGCCAUGCCCAGCCCAGGAGCUCUGGGUCUGCAGCCCACCAUCAAUGGCACAGUGCCAGCCACAACGCCCACCUGCCCCAGCCCUGCCUCUGGCUUUGUGGACUCCACUGUACCAGCCAGCCCAUCAGGCCCUCCGCAAGAAAACAUGGCAAACCCUAAAGAGAAAACUCCCAUGUGUUUGGUGAAUGAGUUAGCCCGUUUCAACAGGAUUCAACCUCAAUACAAGUUGCUGAGUGAGAAAGGGCCAGCACAUGCUAAGAUCUUCACGGUGCAGCUGUGCUUGGGGAACCAGAUAUGGGAGUCAGAAGGCAGCAGCAUCAAAAAGGCUCAGCACUCUGCAGCUACCAAGGCCCUGACUGAGAGCGUUCCCCUCCGGCCUCCUCCCCGCUCACCUAAAGACGACAGCAACAGCAACCCAGGCAGCAUCACUCCUACAGUGGAGUUGAAUGGCUUGGCCAUGAAGCGAGGGGAGCCAGCUAUCUACAGACCCCUGGACCCCAAACCCAUUCCCAACUACAGAGCCAAUUACAACUUUAGAGGAAUGUUCAACCAGAGGUACCAUUACCCAGUGCCUAAGGUAUUUUAUGUGCAGCUGACAGUGGGGAACAACGAGUUUAUUGGAGAGGGGCGGACUCGCCAAGCUGCCCGACACAGUGCGGCCAUGAAAGCCCUUCAGGCCCUGAAGAACGAACCCAUUCCAGAGAGACCACCUCAGUGUUCAGAGGAGAAGAAAGAAACAGAGGAGAACAGCGAUGCCAGCAAAUCUGAGAUCAGCCUGAUCUACGAGAUCGCUCUUAAAAGGAACCUGGCUGUUAACUUUGAGGUGCUGAAGGAAAGUGGACCCCCGCACAUGAAGAGUUUCCUCACACGUGUGACGGUGGGGGAGUUCUCAGCCGAGGGUGAGGGGAAUAGUAAGAAACUCUCUAAAAAGAGAGCGGCCCUCUCCAUCCUGCAGGAACUGAAGAAACUGCCAGUGCUUCCUGUUGUGGAGAAACCCAAAGUGCAUUACAAGAAGCGGCCUAAGACCGUAUUAAAGACAGGACCAGAGUAUGGACAGGGCAUGAACCCUAUUAGCAGACUGGCUCAGAUUCAACAGGCCAAAAAGGAGAAGGAGCCCGAAUAUAUGCUGCUUUCAGAGAGAGGGAUGCCUCGCCGGAGAGAAUUCAUUAUGCAGGUGAAAGUAGGUACCGAGGUGACCACAGGAACUGGACCCAAUAAAAAAGUGGCCAAGCGUAAUGCAGCUGAGGCCAUGCUGCUUCAACUGGGCUACAAGGCAUCUACACCAUUACAGAACACUCCGGAAAAG